AUAAAAAUAAAAAAUGAAAAAGAGUGAGGCGUCCUCCUUUAGGCCUCUUUGAUUUGCGCUCGCCGGCCCUCUCUCUCUUUCUCUCUCUCUCUCUCUCUCUCUAAACCCCCACCUCGCCGCCCUCCGCCUCCUCCUUCUCCUUCUCCUCCUUCCGGUUGCUCUCCGGACUCGAAGAUGAGCGGCGACGGUUCUAGGGUUUCGAUCCCGGCCGGCGUGCGGCCGACGAUCCAGAACAUCAAGGAGAUCGCCGGCAACCACAGCGACGAGGAGAUCUACGCAAUGCUCAAGGAGUGCGGCAUGGAUCCCAACGAGACCGCCCAGAAGCUCCUGCUCCAAGACCCCUUUCACGAGGUUAAAAGGAAGCGUGACAGGAGAAAGGAGAAUGUAAGAGAGCCUGCUGAUCCUAGGUGGAGGGCGGGGCUACAGGGACGAGGAGGUAGGGGAGGUCGAGGGAACUACUCCUCACGGCCUGUACUUAGUGAUGCUGCUGCUGGAAGAAAUCUUACUUCAGGAAAGGUUAAUGGAGUAAAUCAAGGUUCAGAUAAAGGCAUUCCAUCCUCUUCUUCAAACACUCCUGAUACCGAGGUCAAAUCUGCAAAUUCCAUAUUAAGCUCCAUAUCUGGUCCAACCGAUGGCGCCAGCAACAUAGAUCAUCCGAUAUCAUCGCAGAGGUCCUAUGUAUCUGGUGUCAGUGGCAUUGCUCCACAAGAAGAAAGUUUUGGUGUUGUGACUACUAAGACUGGGACUUCCAGGUUAUCUCCUACUGAUGCAAAGAGUGCUCCCACAGGUGGACAUUCUAUACCAGAUUCAGACAAAAUUUCAUCAAACAAAGCAGCAGCACCUGUUUCCGAGGUCUAUGUUCCAACCUCAGAUCCUUUGUUAGCACCAUCUCUUGAUGCACACAACCCUGCUGAGCUAGAAAACAUCAAACGGAUAACAGGAAUUCAACACUCAGUUGUUGAAACAGCCACUAGCCAUGCUGGAUCUCAACAUAUAUCUGGAUCCAAUUUAUCAUACAUGAGUGGAAAAUGUUCUUCUAUGAGCAGUCCUUAUAUGCAUGGGAAGGUACCCAUGAAACCACAUGAAUCAGGAUCAAAUGAACUAUCAGAAAAAUCUCAAGUUGCACCUUCUUUUUCCACUGCUACAGGCAGUAGACCAUCCUCUACUUACAGCAAUCGUUCUCAACAAUUAAGUGGGUUGCAGAAAGCGCCUGUUCCUAAUAAAGAGUGGAAACCAAAAUCAACACCUGUAAUUGCUUCUCAAGCAUCUGAAAUGACUGAGACCCCUGAUGUACCAUUGGCGGCUGAAGCUGUUGCUGCAUCACUACCAGCACCAUGUUCUGUGGCCUCAGAGGUAACUACUCUGAUGUUAGAAAAGAAGCUAGAGGAACUGAAGCUAUCAGACAGAAAACACGUCAUUAUUCCAAACCAUCUUCAAGUUUCAGAGUCUGAAAGACAUGGGUUAAGUUUUGGAAGUUUUGAUCCUAAUUUUGAGUUGAAUAUGGGUUUUGCAAAUGGCCCUGCAAAAGACAGGAUUGAUACACCAGUUUCUGACUCAUCUCAGGAGACUGAAGAAACUACUGAGCAGCCAUCUCUAAGCACACACACUACAUCCUCAGCUGCUCAAGAUGACUUUAUAAAUCAUCCGCAAUCACCUGAACAGGUGUCAGAUAAUUAUUCAAGCAAUGAAGCUGGCAUUCCCUCCAGCAUAUCUGCUGCUGCUGAAUAUGACCAAUCUCAAAAAGAAGCUGCUUUGGUUCCAGAAGGCCUUCAGAACUCAGUUGUUCAAUCUGCACCAUCAUAUCCUUCACUAGGAUUGGUGCCUCAAGUGUUAGGAAACCAACUUGGACAGUUUGAAAGUUCAGAACAUCAGGCUCAAGAUACUUCUCGUUUCCCAAGCUUUCUGGUCCAGCAAACGUAUGACCCAUCGACAAGCUACUAUACACCAUUCUAUCGACCUACUGCUGAUUCUGAUGGUCGUAUAUCUCCAUUUCUUGCACCCGGUGCCUCUAUGUACAACAGGAACAUUGCAGUCCUACCCUCUCAGACUGGCCAGGCUUCUAAUGAGAGUACCAACGUCGCCAUGCUAUCUACCGCUGGCUCAACUCCUCUUGCAACUCAAGCUGCAGGCACCAUGCAGGGUUCUGUUGCUAUUCCACAGCAGCCAGUUCCCGUCUUCCGGCAACCUGCUGGUUUACAUAUAUCUCACUACCCUCCCAACUACAUUCCAUACAACCAAUAUUUCUCACCAUUUUAUGUUCCUCCCCCCACCCUUCACCAUUUCUUGAGCAGUCCUGCAUUCCCUCAGCAGCCUCCUACUGGCAGCAUGUUUCCGACUCCUGGAUCUGCAAAUCCUGCCACCCCUGUCAAGUACUCUCUUCCCCAAUACAAGCCUGGUGCUAACAUUGGUAACUCAACAAUUGUUGGAAUGCCAGCUGGUUAUGGAAUGUAUAACUCAACUCCAGCUGGCUAUACUCCUGAUGCUGCUACUAGUGGAAACUCAACUGCCAAUGAUGAUCUCGGAUCUUCCCAGUUUAAGGAAAACAAUCUUUGUAUUCCAGGGCAGCAGAGCGAAAGUUUGUCUGUCUGGAUUCCAGCACCUGGACGGGAUAUUUCCACCCUUCAGGCGAGCUCUUACUACAGCAUUCCUCAGGGACAACACAUGACUUAUGCACCAACGCAAGCAGGCCAUGGUGCCUUCAGUGGAGUCUACCACCCUCCACCGACUGUUCCAGCUUCUUCUGUUCAUCCAUUACUCCAGCAGUCUCAGACUGUAGCUGGAGCCGUUGAAAUGGUCGGCCCCCCUGCUGGUGUUUAUCAACAGCCACAACAUGCCCAGAUUAAUUGGACGAAUAAUUAUUGAGAAGAUGAUGUCCAAUCUAAGUUACAGUAGCCAAAGCAGGUGACUGAGGCUACUUUGGAUAACAGUUAGAAGAUAUUUCAAGAUGCAGCAUAGGGUGGCGCGAUCCAAAAGAGUAUAUAUAUAUAUAUAUAUGUCUAAAGGAUCGCCAUCCUGCAUGAAAAAGGGUUCUGGGCUUGGAGUCGCUAGGAUUUGAUAGUUCAGCUUAUACCUGUGACUGAUACUGACCAUUUUUAUGUUAGCUGCGCGGUCUGCUCAGGUUUUUGUUUGCUGCGCAUUCUUUCUUGUUUGCUCGUUUCUUUCUCUAUCCAUUAAUGGUACAUUGGGUGGUGAAAAUUGUGGCUUUCCUUUCCACCAUUACUUAUGAUGAGGUCAUAAAGACAUUAGAAGAUAAAAAGUUAAGCUACUGGAUUUUCAAUUUUUUUUGGUUUCCCCACUGCCUUGCCAGUAAUGUAAAUUUUGAUAGUAAAAAGAAAAAUGUAGAACAGUUAAUAUUUGUUGUA